CUCUUCAUCCUCCAUCUGUUGCAGAUCGCCGGACGAUAUCUGCCCCCACGACUUGUUACGGUGGAUGCUGGUCCAUCCAGUUGUAGACAUCCAAUUUUAUAGCCUACAUUCCCGACAACGACAAAUACGGAGAUUAUCACGUUAGUUUGACCUUUACGCCGUUCCGCCACGUCCGUCAUGCCGGCGGAAGACACGGCCACAAAACCUACUACCCCUGGAAAGAAAGGGAAGGAUGCAGAUGCUGACGAUGCUGCUGCACCUGUCGUGCAUAUCGAUGGGCGUGUUGCAUGGUUUGAAGAGAAGGUUUGCACAGCAUUGAAAGUCAAGAAUGACAAAUGGAAGAAGAUGCUCAUGACACCGGAAAAUGUGCAAACCAUCGUGGAUUUCCUUGACAAGGACUACAGUACUAUUCUCUUCUAUCUUACACAAAAGGAAGAUCUCUUCCCAGCCAUUGCUUUCCCAGGAUCUCUUAAAAAGAAGUCUGUGUAUUUUUUGAAACACAACGUGGGAGCACCUAUCACGGAGAAAUUGGACACGGAACUCACCAUGGGGGAUCUGUCAGCCAACCCUUUGGAGUUUCUCUCGGUGUUACUCGAAGAGGUUUACUUGCCACUUUUAACCAACCCUAAGAACUUGGAAUCUUGGCCGGAAGUCGUUGCAAAUGAUGUCUUGCGCCACUUCCAUCAACUCAAUGGGGCUGUCUAUGUCAUCUCAGGCAAAUCGAAGGGCAAAACAAUGCUUCCCCUUCCGCAUGGAGCACGUCUGACCACGGAUGUUGAUCGGAGUGUCCUGCACACCUUGGAAUCUGCAGUAAUUGACUGGACACAUCAGAUUAAGGAGGUGAUCAAAAGCAGCUCCGCUGCACCUCUUGAAGAAGGGUUGAAUCCAGGCCCUAUGGUGGAGAUUGACUUUUGGGCAGCCAAAGCGGCCAAUCUGAAAUCUAUUUAUCAGCAACUGACUGAUGAGAAAAUCCAAAAGAUCUCAAAGCUGCUAGAAGUCAGCAAAAGCACUUACUACCCGGCUUUUAAGAUGAUUUUUGAUGAAGUCGUCGCUGCGCUGGAUGAGGCAAAUGACAUUACUACCUAUCUCCGUGCCUUGCGACCUGCAGUAGAACGACUGAAUUCGGUCAACGACUUUGUAGAGCUUGCUCAAGUAUUCCCUGGCAUGAUGCAUACCCUCGUGCUCAUCUGGAGGCAUUCCAAGUACUAUAACACUCCUCCCCGUCUCACCGUCGUCCUCCAAGAAAUUUGUAAUGACAUCAUAGAGCAAGCCCGUAACUUCAUCCAACCUUCCGAGCUUUUCAGCUCAGAGCCUGAAGAAGCUGCGGAACGACUCAAGGUUGUUAUUCGCGUCUGCGAUGUGUUUAAGCAGACGUACUACGAAUACAAGGCACAGACAGCAGAAACAAAGCGGCCAUGGAAUUUUGAUAUCAAGCUUGUAUUUGCGAGACUUGACAAGUUCUUGGGGCGCGUUCAGCAGAUUGUGGAGCUAUUUGACACAAUCAUCGAGUUCAACCGACUGGAGAAAAUCGAAAUAGGAGGGACGAAAGGAAAGAUUCUAAGUUCGCAGGUUGCGCAGAUUUUUACAGAGUUUACAUCGGCAUUAGGGGCAUUUAGUAAACUCAAGUAUGAUGUCCUGGAUCUCAACCUGAACGAGUUUGAAAUCGACUUGGGCCAUUUUCAUGCAAAGAUUGCAGACCUUGAUCGUCGCUUGGGUACCAUCCUCAGCCAGAGUUUUGAUGACUGCUCUGGUCUGAACUCCUGCUUCCGGCUGCUCGAAUCUUUUGCCGGUUUGCUUAGUCGUCCAGUCAUUCAGCAAGACUUUGAGAAAAAGUAUUUUGCUUUGUUGAAUAUGUACUCGGAUGAUUUGGACGAUGUGGCUGCAAUUUUCAACAAGUAUAAGAGCCAGCCUCCAAUCCACUACAAUAUGGCCCCUGUUACGGGUGCCGUUGCCUGGGUCCAUGAGUUGAAAGACCGUAUCACCAAAGCAAUGGAGAAACUGAAAAGCUUUAAUCACAGUGCUAUGAACACUGAAGAUGCCAACCUCGUCAAAACCAAGUACGAGAGCUUGUAUGAGACCCUCGAAAACUAUGAGCGUAGCAUCUUCACCCGCUGGAGCGAUACCAUCACCGACGAGUCAGAAACCAACCUUCAAAAACCACUGCUCGUCCGCGAAGACGGGCUGCUGAAGGUUAAUUUUGAUCCCAAAGUCGUUGCCCUUCUCCGAGAAGUUCGAUACUUUGAGGCACUUACCGUGCAGCCCCCACCAGCUGCCGUAGCAGUCUACUCCAAAUCGGAUGUUUUCCGAAAGUACAUCUUCCAACUUGACCACAUUACCAAAUCUUACAAUGGUAUACGCACCGGGGUCUUGGAGGUGGAGAGACCGCUUAUUGAAGAGCGGAUUCGGCAAAUUGAUGGGCAAAUUGAGCACGCCCUUACGACGCUCAAUUGGACGUCUGGCGAUAUUGAAUCUUACAUUGGACAAAUUGGCACCUCUGUUGGAGAUCUUUCCUCUGUUCUCCAGUUGAUGAAGAACAAUCUGAACCAAAUUCAAAAGAUUAUGAAAGGUUGGAGCGCCAAUCCGCUGGUUGAGCGCAAAGAUGGAAAGAAGCUAUUGAAUUUGGAGGAGAAGGACUCCCGGUUAUCGACUGUUUACGAUUCCAUUAAGCGGGAUGGUCAAUCCAUCCACGGACUACUUGCCCAAACGAGAGAAGUUGUUCAUGCCAAUGAAGAGUCUGAGGAAUGGAUUCGGUACCAGGAGUUUAUUGAUGGGCAAGUCAAGGAAGGCUUCUGGAAGACGCUCAAAACCAGUCUGGAAUACAUCACUCAGAAUAUGGAAUCGGAGAGACUCGGUGAAUUAGGACCACUUUUGGAGGCGAAAUUGGAGCUUCAGGGUGAGAGUUUGGUGUUUACACCGAACAUGGACGAAGAUGCGGAGGACAGUCUGGCCUAUAUUAUCAACGACCUUCUAGAAGACAUUUACGAUUGUGCCUCUCUGAUGGGCCGCGUUGCCCCUGCCAAGGAUGUAGAGCCUGUUGCCGGACCUGGUGAAGGACACCUACCUACUGUUCCAGCCACUCCAGACGCUGCUAAUGGAGCAGCUCUUGGAAACGGUACAAACGAGGCAUCUGAAGGAGCGGGGCAUGGCGUUUCUGACAGCGACGUUCACAGCGAUGAAGACUACGCCUCAGAUUCUGAUCAAGAUGAUUUCCGUGCACGCCAGCUUGCUCAGAUGAACAUGGAAAACGAGACAUACCUGGGUGAAAUGCGUCGUGAUCAAACCUUGAUCCGUUUGCGCACUUUGAUUCUGGAACAUGUGAGAGAGAUCAUGGAACAGAGUGUUGUCUACAAGGAUGGAUAUGAUCAAUUUACCUGGCUAUGGACCGAGAAUCGCCAAGAAUACAUGAAACAGUUCCUCCAGACAUCAGAAAAAACAGGGGAUGAUGAAUCCCAAAAUGAGGAAAAAGCUGCCGAACCAGAGCAUCCCAGCAAGCUCGAAAAGUUUGAAAACGAAAUUCGCAAGUUUGAGUCUCUGCAUAAACAGGUCAUGGGGAUUGAACCAGAAGUGAUUUUCCAAGGAUGGUUCCGCAUUGAUGCUCGACCGCUUAAGCAAGCCCUGAACGUGGUGGUUAAAAAGUGGAGUUACACUUUGACCAAACAUCUUCAAGACGAUGCCAUCUCGAGCUUGAACGAGCUCAACGAGUUUGUUAAGAUCAACAAAAAGGGGCUCCAGCGGGAAAUUAAAGAAGGAGACUACGACGCACUUGUGUCUGCUAUGGGACUUUUGCACGCGAUUAAACAUCGUACUUUAAGCAUUGAUGGAAUGUUUGAGCCGCUUCGUAAGACCAUCAACUUCUUACGGCAGUUUGGCGUAGAAAUGCCGGAGGAGACUCACAAGCUGUUGAACGACCUUCCCGAAGAAUGGUCUGAAGUCAAAAAGCUCUCCGUCUCCAUCAAGGACCACGUCGCCCCCUUGCAGGCAAAGGAGGUGGACAUAUUGCAGCAAAAAUGCAACAAGUUCGAAGUCCGCAACCAUAAUUUCAGAGAGGAAUUCCGCAAAAAGGCGCCAUUCAAGUUUGAUGUUGGACAAGAACGAGCGUAUGAACUCAUUGAUAUUGUCCACAUGGACGUGUUGGCAAUGGAGAACGAAGCUAAAGCUCUAAAGAACUCUUGCGAAUUGUUUGAGCUUAAUGUACCCACUUACCGUCAACUGGGCGACUGCCGUCGGGAUAUUGGGAUGCUCAAGUCUGUUUGGGACGUUGUUUCCCUCGUGACUCUCAUGUUUGAAGAGUGGCGGACCACGCUUUGGACCGCCAUCGACACUGAUGCAAUGGAAACGCGCUGUCGUGACCUUACCAAAGAGCUUCGAAGAAUGGAUAAAGAGAUCAAGGCCUGGGAUGUUUAUUCCGGCCUUGAUCAGAUGGUCAAAGACAUGAUAACCUCGUUGAGAGCGGUCGGAGAGCUCCGUAGCAGCGCUAUCAGGGACCGUCACUGGAAACAGCUGAUGAAGACAACGGGUGUUACGUUUGUUAUGACCGCGGACAUGAAAUUCCAGGAUUUGCUUAGCCUUCAAUUGCACAAAUUCGAAGACGAUGUUAAAGUGAUGGACCUCAUGAAGGAAGCAUCUAAGACCCCGAAUUGCGUCGAAGCAUGUACAAAAGAAGGUCUCUUCGAGAAGCUUGAAAAUCUGCAGGGUCAGUUGGCUCUGUGCGAAAAAUCUUUGGCGGAAUAUCUCGAAACCAAGCGACUCGCCUUUCCCCGUUUCUACUUUGUGUCGGCAUCGGACUUGUUGGACAUCUUGGCGAAGGGCAAUAUGCCACAAGCGGUGGCGGUUCACCUUGGAAAGCUAUUUGAUAGUGUUGCUCAGCUGGAAUUUGAAAAAGGGCCUAACGGGGAGAUCACCAAAACGGCAAUUGGAAUGUACUCUAGGGAAGACGAAUAUGUGCAGUUUGUCGAGCCCUGUGAAUGUACUGGUCCAGUUGAAGUGUGGCUGAACCGGUUGGUGGAUAUGAUGAGACGAACGCUUCGACAACUUCUUGGAGAGGCUGUCUCGGCAUACGAAGAGAAACCUCGUGAGCAGUGGAUAUUUGAUUAUCCUGCUCAGAUCACCUUGGCUGGCACACAGAUCUGGUGGACGACGGAAGUCAAUGUGGCGUUUAGUCGAUUGGAAGAAGGCUAUGAAAAUUCCCUCAAAGACUACUACAAAAAGCAAGUCAAUCAACUGACUGCCUUGAUCACUCUCAUUCAAGGGGAGUUGACCAAAUUGAGUCGUCAGAUGAUUAUGACAGUGUGUACGCUCGAUGUCCAUGCUCGUGAUAUCGUUGCAAAGCUCAUUUCCGAGAAGGCGGACAGUGCGCAAGUGUUCUCAUGGCAGUCACAACUACGUCUCCGAUGGGAUGAAGAUCAGAACGAUUGUUUGAUCAACAUUUGUGAUGCCAUGUUCCGCUACAACUACGAGUACCUUGGCAAUACGCCUCGUCUCGUUGUCACAUCGCUCACAGAUCGUUGUUACAUUACUCUCACCCAAUCUCUGCACCUGAUCAUGGGUGGUGCGCCAGCUGGACCUGCUGUACGGGAAAAACCGAAACCACAAAAGAUUUAG